AUGACUGCAAGCAGUGCCUCGAAUCUUGAAAAAGAUCCCAAGCCAGCCAUCGAACACCUCGAAGAUGGCCCUUCCUUCUCUGAGCAGGAAACCCGCAAACUCCUUCGAAAACUCGACUGGGCCAUCCUACCUAUUGUUGCAGUCAUGUACCUUCUCUCCUUUCUGGAUCGUUCCAACAUCGGUAAUGCCAGACUAGCUGGAUUGGAGGCAGAUCUAGGCAUGACAGGAUGGAAUUAUGCUACCGCAGUAGCUGUGUUCUUUCCCUUCUACAUCAUCUCAGAAGUACCCUCUAACCUUGCUAUGAAACGUUUUCGGCCCUCUAUCUGGAUUCCCUCGAUCAUGGUUACCUGGGGCGUCGUAACGACGCUCAUGGGGAUUGUGGAUAGCUUUGGUGGCCUCUUGGGAGCGCGUAUGGCGCUAGGCCUUGCUGAAGGUGGUCUCUUCCCUGGCGUGGCCUGGUACAUCACUAUGUGGUAUCGCCGUCAUGAAUGCGGGCUUAGGAUAUCCAUUUUCUUCUCCGCUGCCACGAUUGCCGGUGCGUUUGGAGGUCUCCUUGCACGUGGAAUUAUGGAGAUGGAUGGCAUUGCUGGCGUACCGGGAUGGGGAUGGAUCUUCAUCCUCGAAGGAAUCCUGACUGUGCUCGUUGCCUGCAUCGCCUAUGUGGUUCUCAACGACUUCCCUGACACUGCAAAAUUCCUUAAUCCCCGCGAGAAGGCAGAGGUAAUUCGCCGUCUCCGCGAAGACACCACGGCGCUAUCCGACGACUACCGCCCCGUUUUCGUCAAAGAUGCCUUCACAGACUGGAAGAUUUGGGUCAACUGCCUCAUUGCUCUGUCGAAUUUCCUGCCGCUUUACUCCGUCUCCAUCUUCCUGCCAACCAUCAUCCGCAGCAUGGGCCACUCGAAUGAAAAAGCUCAAUUGAUGUCUGUACCACCUUACAUCCUGGCUUGCAUCGCUACCGUAGGAGCUGGCUUUGUGACCGAUAGACACCACAGGCGUGGCAUUUACAUCAUAGGAAUUGCCUCAGUUGCCAUUGUCGGCUUCAUAAUUCUCAUCACGGUGCAAAACAACGCAGUCAAAUACUUCGCCUGCUUCUUGGUCGUGACGGGCAUCUACGCCAACGUGCCGCAGCUUGCCUCAUGGAACAGUAACAACAUCGGAGGCUCUGUCAAGCGCGGUGUCGGCGUCGCUAUGCAAAUUGGCUCGGGCAAUGUUGGCGGCGCAGUCGCUGGCUUCAUCUUCCAAGCCAAAGACGCCCCGCACUACCGCACUGGUCACGGUAUCCUGAUCGCGAUGUGCUCGUUGACCGUCCUCCUCGCAACAGGGAUGACGCUGUACUUGCAGAAGGAGAACACAAGACGCGAUGCGCAGUACAAGGCCCCAGCCGAAUACACGCAAGCAGAAAUGGAACUAGAGUCUCAGAAGGGCGACAAUGCGACAUUCUUCCGAUACACGAUCUAA